AGCGCCAGUCCAGGAAGUUAACAUUUACAGGAGUUAGCAGGAUAACGAAGCUGUUCAGCCGUCAAUAUUAUACUAUUCCCCACGUCCGUACAGAGUGGAUAGGCGGCGUAUCCUUUUCUCAAGCGUUCCAACUGUCUGAAGCCACCGCGUCACAAGAUGAUGGUCGACCCCACACUCGCUGAAAUGGGCAAGAACCUCAACGAGGCCAUGAAGAUCUUGGAGGAUGGCCGAAAGGCAUCAGAUCCGGAUGCAGAUAGACGACAGUUCAGCAGGAGUAGUAUCCCUGGACCCCUACAGGGAGAUGGGCAGGAUGUGGCCAGUAUACUCCAGCUGGUCCAGAAUCUCAUGCAUGAAGAUGAGGGGGAAGAUAAGCCAAGCCAUCGCAGGAUGCAGAAUGUCGGAGAGCAGGGUCACAUGGCGUUGCUAGGACACAGCCUAGCAGCCUACAUCUCAGUGCUGGACAGGGAGAGACUCAGGAAGCUGAUCACACGCAUCGCGUCUGACACAACACUCUGGCUCUGCAGACUCUUCAGGUAUGAGAGUGGCUCAGCAUACUACCAUGAAGAUGACAGAGAGGGCCUGCUGAAGGUGUGUCGUCUGGUCAUCAACACCCGCUAUGAGGACUACUCCACAGAGGGCUACACCGUGCUCAACUCCAGACAGCCUGUCAUUUACCAGAGCGCCACCUGCAGGCCUGGCCUGGGACAGCACCUCUGCAGCCAACUGGGUCUGCCUCUGUCCAGCCUGUGCACCGUCCCCUGUAACACCAUGUUUGGAUCCCAGCACCAAAUGGACAUUGCGUUGCUGGACAAGCUGAUUAGAGAGGAUGUGGAGACUGGGAAGCUUCCAUUGCUGUUGAUUGCCAACGCUGGCACCCCUGGGGCGGGACACACAGACAAGCUGGGCCGUCUAAAGGAGCUGUGUGAACAGUAUGGCAUGUGGCUCCACAUAGAAGGGGUCAACUUGGCCACCCUGGCUCUGGGGGAGGUCUCGUCCCCCGUGACGGCGGCCACCAGGAGUGACAGUAUGACCCUGACCCUGGGUCCGUGGCUGGGCCUGCCUGCUGUCCCAGCUGUCACCCUCUACAGACACGAGGACCCAGCCCUGUCUCUGGCAGCUGGGUUGACCUCCAGUCAGCCAGUAGAGAAGCUGCGUGCCCUGCCUCUCUGGCUCUCCCUGCAGUACCUGGGCCAUGAUGGGAUAGUGGAGAAGAUUAGACACGCUGUAGAGCUCAGCCAACAGCUUCUGGAGAAACUGAAGACUCUGGCUUCCAUAAAGACUUCAGUGGAGGAUGAGCUCAACUCUCCAGUAGUAGUGUUCAGGUUCUCCCAGGAGACCAGUGCAGAAUCCAGUGGUGGUUCUGUGGAGGGCUACUUUGCUGGAGAGAGAGAAGUGCUAGAUUCCCUCAACAGAUGGCUGUGUGAGCGGUUGGCACAGCUGGUGCCCGCCAGCGGGGUAGACAUAGUGGAGUUGGAGGACGAGGGCACCUGUGUCCGCUUCACCCCUCUUAUGACCGCCGCAGCCCUGGGGACCCAGAGGUGUGACGUGGAUCUGCUGGUGGAGCGGUUGACUGAGCUGGUUCCUGUGCUGAACUGUACGCUGCGUCUCAGACUGGACUUCAGAGAGGAGGUGUACCGCCACUCUGCCCUCAGUUACAUAGAGGACCUCAGCUGGCCUGGCCUGGGAGCCGUCAGGUAUGAGCCGAGGAUUGAGGAGCUGAACGACAGUAAGAGACAGUUGGAGGUGGAGAAGAUCAACAGUGAGCUGCUGGUGAAACUAGGGGAUCUGGAUGCAGACCUCAUCUUCUCCACCGGCCUGGAGUUCGGACCCGAGAAGGACUGCAUAUUUAUUGGCAUGGCAACGGAGGACCUAGACGUUGCAGAGCUAGUGGAUACGAUAGCCGCCCUGGGGAGGGACAUAGAGGAAAACGGCAGGCUAUUAGAGAACAUGACAGAGGUGGUGAGGAAAGGCAUCCAGGAGGCAGAGCUCCAGCUCCAGAAAGACAACCAGGACAAACUCAUGGAGGAGGGUGUGUUGAGACAGAUUCCUCUGGUCGGCUCCGUGUUGAACUGGUUCUCUCCGUUCCAGAGCACUGUGAAGGGCAGAACCUUUAACCUGGCUGCAGGUUCCCUGGACUCCACAGAGCCCAUCUACUCCAUGAAGGCCCAGACAGGUGGGCUGGCGUCGCCAGAAACCCCUACCUCCUCUGCCAAGAGACUGCCAGGACAGAGGCUGUUCCGGCGCGAGGGUGCGGGGGGCUCUGACUCCCACAGUGAGACAAGCUCCGUGGGCCAGGCUGAGGAUCUCUCCAGGGAGAGGUUCCCACAACCCACCACACCCAACCCACCUUCCCCUGUCCCAGACGAGGCAGUUUCCGUGGCCCCUGAGAAUCCAGAGACCCCCCAGGUGCCGGCUGAACCCGAGCCCACGCAGGAGAACGGCGAGGUGGGUACACAGGAAGGGGAAGAGGAGGAGAGACGGCCUGAGGGCCAGGAGGCACCAGUGGAGGAGACGGGCAGAUAGGACAGCCCCCAAGGCAGGGUUAUUUGAAACCAGCUCUGAAAGGUUCCAGGCCAGUCCAGCAGGUGUUGCAGAGCAGGGAUUCAUUCCAUUCUCAAAUAAUUCUCCCUUGCAUCUUUUCUUGACAACUGUCUCCUUAUAGAUCUAAAGGGACUGGAAACUUUGAUGAGAGAUAAUUAGACAGCUACGGCUUCACUUAGCCUACCAGAAGGGUAGGGAGUGCUUUUGUAAUUUUAUCUCUACUUUAUUCUUUCUUUCCAGUCCCUUGAUGACUGGGAGAGGUCAAGGACAAAGGGAAGGAACCAGGAUUUCAGAAUGGAAUCCAGCCUUAGUCUCUAGGGUUGUGUCUGAGGACUCAAUCAUUGUGGGUUAAUAAGUAACUAUGUAGGAGUAGGACCUAAGAACUCUGGUCAAGCAGGAACUACACCUGAGGCAGGGAGUCAAAGGUGAAGGGUCGUCUGAGGACUUCCUGGUUCAUGGCCUCCACUCUACUUCAGUCGGUCUCGUCAUGGCCCGGAGGUAAAACAGCUUAUAUGCAAGCCAAGUAACGUGUGACUAACACUGGAAAUAAAACAAUUUUAGUUUGUAUGUAAUGUAUGCACACCUAUUUCUAUCCACUCAAUCACCAUCAUGAUCAGUAAAACCAGAUCUAUAUAGGGAAAUGUAGUAGAAAAAUGAAAGCAUACUGUGAUAUGAAUUGAACGAGAGAAUACUCACAUCCACCUGCUUCUGAUCUUUAAACACACCCACAGUAUAUGUGCACUACCCCAAUAGACCGUCCAUGGUUUGUCAAACACCCUCCUGUUAAUUUUUGCACAUACUUGGGUCUGAUUGGUGUAUGUUUAGUUUUUUUUUUACAAUAUAAAUGUAUGUUUUUAAUAAUCUGACCAAUGGGGCUAACUUUUCCUUACAAGCAAAGUCUUGCUUAACAUGCAUUCUGAGGAAAUCGUUUUUUUUCUUUGCCAAAAAAUAUAGUGGCUGUAAGUUAUGUUGACGUUUCCUGUGAGAAAGACAUACUGUAGCCUAGUAGCUAUUAUAAUGCCUAGACUGAUGAUAGCAUAUUUGCAGGUUAAAGGAUUUGGUUUCAAUGCAGGGUUGUUUAAAAAUAUAUAUAUAUUCCAUUUGUUCUGUCCAUUAUUACUGCACUACCUUAUUUAAUGUUGCACAUAGUAUGUAUUAAUCAAAACCUUUUCAAUUCAUUUUAUUUUUUAAUUCUCAAAAUAAGUCUAUAAUUUGUUGCAAUAACUACUUUGAUGAAUUAUGAUUCCUGACUUGAAAUGACACAACAAUAUUUCCGUCCUGCUUCCAAUACACUCUCUUUGAUUUCACAUACCUUUUCUCUCAGCCCUUUGUCAAGUAUCCAGUUUUAUGUUCCUUCCAUACCAUUAACUUCUCUCUUUUGAAGACAUCUAGAGAAUUUAACUAUUCUCGACCUACAGCUCUAAGGGGGUUUACGACAUGUUUUGUACACAGUUGUAAUUAUUGAAAUGAUAGCAGAAAUAUGAUUGGACAACGAGAAUGUAACACCUAUGUAGUCAUAAAAAUUGGGAGAACUUUAAUGACCUAGGGUGUCAGUAGACUACUGACAUUACAAUGACUUUCAAAUGUGAUGAAUCAUUUGCUUAUAAAACUGCUUUUGUAUCCACUGUACAACACUGUGCCGUUAGACAUUUUUAUAUCCAAAGCAGACAGAAUGGAAUGAGCUUAGACUUUUAAAGUUUUUCUUAACUUAGGAUGUGCACUUAACUUGAAAAUACAACCGUAACUGUUGUCUUCUGAAUUGAUACUAUAAAGAUGAUCUUGGUUCACUGUACUCUGAUAUAAUUUCCAUUUGUUGUAUAUCUGUUUAAUGUCGUAAGGCUUUGUUGUUAUGUCUUUAUCACCUUACUUUAUUGAGGACAUUGUUUUCAUAUUCAUUAAACAUGUAAGUACAUGUUACUUUUUAUUCUGCUCCUAAUCAGCAAUUCUGGUGCAAUAUUCUACUCAUAGCAAAGGAGAAAAAUAACUGAUAUUUAAUGUUGAACUGGGAGUGUUAUUUUUGAUACACCAUUAAUUUAGUUUUCUGAAGUGAAAAUAUUUAAUAGAUUCAUGUUUUAAGGACAUAGGUGGUUGAAGUACUUACUGCACUAAUCUCAUUGAAGUUCAAUGCCUGUUUCUCAAAGAUGUCUGAAAAAACACUGGUCAAAUGUAAUUUCAUGGGAUGGAAAGAGGGAUGUAUUGAAGAAUCCAAUCAGCUUUAUUAAAACAUGAUAUAAAA